AUGACGUGGCCGGGGCUGUCUGCAGCUCCUCUGGCGGCGUUCGGUGAACUGCGGCGACUGCAGCGCGCCCGGCUGGCGCUGCACCGCUGCAGCCUGCUGUGUGGCCGCCACUUCGGACCAGCCCUGCUGCUUGCCGCCGCAGGCAACUUCGUCGGCAUCGUCUCCCUGAGCUACGGGCUGGUGAUGGUACGAGUCAGCAGGCAGAGCAGUCCAAGCAUGGCGUGGCUCUCCAUCUGGCUGCUGUUCGUGCUGGGGAAUCUCCUCCUUACUUGCUGGGCGUGCUCUUCUGCGGCCAAUCGCGCUACCAGAGUGGCUGUGUUAUUCAGCAAGAUCCAGACACUCUUAAGGCCGGGUGACGCUUCUGACACUUCCCGCCUGGAAAUGGACCCGCUACACUUCUCUGCUGCAGGUUUCUUCGAUGUCAAUUUGCCCCUCUUUGUAUCUACUGUUAGUGCUGCUGUCGCCUACAUGGUGGUGUUUCUACAGUUUUCUGAACUCCAAAGGACAUCUUAUAAUUCCAAGAUGUAA